AUGCCAUAAUUAUAGUGACUUAGUCAUUUUACAACACACCUUCAGUUUUCGUGAUAGAAAAAUAUUUUCGUUAUUAAAGAUACAAAAAAAAAAAAACAAAAUUUAAAUAAAAAUCCAACUCAUUUUCGAAUCAAUUAAAAUUUAAAAACGAAAGAAAGAAAUCGGGAAGAAGGAGAAAUACAAAUUUAAUAUCUUUUUAGCUUUUAUUCAAAACACAGCUGUUCUGUCUGUGGAUGUUUCGGAGAGAAAAUUUUAAAAUAAUUUUUUGAAUCUUUUAUUUUUUGUUUUUGAAUUUAGUUUAUUCGUUCAUUGUGCUAAGAAUAGCAGCAAAAAGUGUGUGAAAAUAUAAAAAAAGAAAAACGAAAAGCGAGUGCACCAAUUUUUGUUUUUUUGUUUUCUAAUUGUUUAAGAAACAAACAUGUUUUUCGGAUAGGAGAGACAAAAAUCUUGUUAAAUUCAGCAGACUACGUGUUAAAGGUCCACCACUCUUCAUAGGAGGAGGAGGAUAAAAGAAGAAGACCGUAGAAAACAAUUUCUAUAUAGGCACUUGUCAAAAUUGAAAAGUCUUAAGUAAACAAAAAAAAAGACAAAAAUUCUUCUUCAAAAUGCCUAUUGGAAGCUUGAAAACAACCACAGCAGCAACAACAGCUCCCAAAAGUGACAAGUCGGCAGCAGCAUCAUCGUCCUCGGCUGGUCCAGGAGGUGGUGGAAGGACAACAUUUCGUCCGCCAUGGGUUAAGGCAGAUGUUGCUGAUGCCAAACCAAAAACAACCAUAAAAACAACACCUCCAUGGGCUAAGAAGACCACCACAACAGCAACAGCAGCAGCACCAGCAGCCGUAGCCGAACCUGCCAACAAUGCAGUCAAGAAGAAUGGAGAAACGCCAUUGGCCAAAGUUGCAUCACCAUCAUCAGCUAGCAGCAACACCAAACCAGUAGCAACAAAAGUACCAACUAAAGUACCCCCGGUAAUGGUGAAACCAUUAACUGAUGCUGCACCAGCUCGCAGAGAGGCCAAACUACAAUCUCGUGAGAUUAAAGUGCCCAUCAUCACAGAAAAACGCAAGCCAAUACAGGAGCCCUUGAUAAAACCCAAGCCAAAAAAACCACCAACCCCUUCGGAGAGCGAAGAGGAGGAGGAAGAAGACUCUGAUGAUGAUGACGACGAUGAAACGGAAACUGAAUCGGAAUCGGAAGAGGAAGAAGACUCUUCACCACCCAAGGAAGCCGCAACCGAAUUAGAACGUAAAUUCCAAGCGGAAAAACCAAAGAUGCGUCCUAUUGUUGUGAAACGUGACAAAUCCCUUAGUUGUACGCAGCAGAAAAAACGCGACGAAGAUGACGAUGAUGAUGCAGAAGAAGGCGAAACUGAAGAGGACCGCGAAAAGAGGAGACGUUUUAAAUUGGAGCGUCCUAAGUUGCGGCAUGUUGUGGUGAAUAAGCAAAAAUCAUUUAACAAAAGUAUUGAUGAUUUUGAUAAAAUUCGACCUGUAUUGAAGAAAGUUCAAAAAGUCGAUGAAGUGAUUAAGGAGCCACCUUCAGAUGCCAAGCCUGAGUUCAAGGAUAAAGUGUUGAAGAAAGUAACACCAAUUAAAAAGGAUCCAAGCAAAGCUAAUGUUCCUGCACCACCACCUUUGCCGUCACUAGUUCCAAAGCCACCACCACCACCUCCACCACCAUUGGGUCCGCCAUCGGACUUUGAAAAGAAAGCCCUGAACGAAAAACAGAAGGCAACAAUCGAAAAGCUUAAGACACGACCAAGGAGACGACCAGAUUGGUCGGAAAUGAUGAAAGAAGUUGAAGAAGGCAAAAAGCUACGACACGUGCAAUGCAAUGAUAGAUCUCAACCAAUUAUCACGUGUAAAUCAAUGACAAAAGUAGACGAUAAAUUUGUUUACGAAACAGAAAAGGACAAUGCACACAAUAAACUUCUUAAACAAAUUCAAGGUGGCAUUAGAUUAAAAGCAGUCAAAACAAAUGACAGAAGUAAACCAUUCCUCGAUGGUCUACGGAAAUUCCGUCGUCAAAUGACCAUUGAAGAACAAAUACAAAAAUCAGAAUCAAAAGCAACUUUAAAUGAAGUUCCCCAAGAACCCGAUGAGCCAAGUGGUGAUGAAUUGGAUGAUAUCGAUAAAUUGCGCGAUGAUCUUCAAAGUACAAAACAAAUGCUUGCGCUAGAAUUGAGAAAUCGUGAGGCACAAGAACGUGAGAAUAAGAGGCUUUUAGCGAAAAUCGCCAAUUUGGAAGCUGAGUUACAGCGCGACAAAACACGAGGUGAUAAAGAUGAAUCCUCAUCGGCGGCGGCGCCAUCGUCAUCGGGAUCAGGAGCUGAUGAUGUUCUUGUCCAAUCAUUGAAAAAAGACGCUGAAGAAGCUAGAAAAACAUCAAAGGAACUUGAGAAGAAAUAUGAAAAGAGUGCUGAGGAAUUGGAUGCAGCUAAAAAUGAAGUUGAAGAGCAAAAGAGAAUGAUCCAGCAGUUAGAAAAGAAACUUUCACAAGCGUUACAGGGUGGUGGAAGUUCUAUGAAUGGUUCACGUCGUCCCAGCGAAGCCAAUCCAAAUAAAGAAAGUUCACCCGAAUUAGAAUUGGAGCUGUCUGAAAGCGAAGAUGACGAAGAUGAGGAGAAGAAGGCAGAACGUAAGAAGCGACGAUUAGCUAAAGAAGUUAAAAUACUUCAAACGAAGCUAACUAAACUCAAGGACAAACAGGAAGCUGCAAAGAGAGAACGAGCGAACCUUAAACAAAUUAUGAAAAAGAAUCAUGUUCUAUUGAAGGAAGAAAAUAAGAAAUUCAAAAAGCUUGAAAAAGAAGUUCACAAAAUGGCAGCUUCCAUGAAGGAAGAAGUAGACGAUGAUGACGAAGAAAAAGAUGACGAUGAAGGAGACGAAGAAGAAGAAGCAGAAGAAGAGGAAGAGUCCGAGGAAGAAUCUGAAGAAGAGUCUGAAUCUGAAGAAUCCGAAGAUGAAAGUGGUUCUGAAACUGAAAGCGAAUCUGAAGCUGAAGAUGCAUCAGAUGAAGACAAGAAAACAAAUCUUGAACCCAGAGUUAAAAAACACGAAAACCGAUUGUCAGCUCUUAAAAAAGGAAAUGUUUUGUUACAAGCCAAUGUUGAUAAUCUCCAAGAUGAGAUUUCUAAAGUUCGUGAGAAGGCCAGCAGCUUGCAGGCUGAGUUAGAUUCAGUUCUUGCUGAUUUAGGAUUAUAAAUUAAUUCAAGGACUAACUUUUUAAGCGCGAUUGAUAUUCAAAAACAAAAACAAACAAACAUUAGACAACAAAAACUAUAUUGAGCUAGAAGAAAUUGAAAGUCUUAUAAGAGAAGAAGAUUAUUCUUUUUUUGCGUAUACCUAUAUAACUAUAUUAUAUACUUACUUGGUCAAUUCUUUUUUUUUAUAAAAAUAUACCUAUUUUCAAAAAAACAUAUUAUUAUCAUGUUUGUGAUCAGAAAUAAAAGGAAUAAUAAUAAAAAGAUAUAUUUCAACUUA